CCUCGAAUGCAGGCUUACCAUCCAUUGUCGCAUCGGCCGUGACUCAUCAUCCCACGAGUCCUUUUACUUUCCACAUCAGGCGGAACAAGCCGUAUCGAUUGCGGCCUUGCACUCGCGAACAGACUCUUCGAACCUUCACGCUACAAGAAUUCCCAUCAUGUCCGUCGCAAACCCCCGCCGCCGGUCGCCUGGCACUGCACUGCUUGGCGAAGAUGCGGACAGCAUCUCAACCCAACAAGCCUCCAUUCUCCUGAAAGGCGCCACUUUCCAUGCGCCAACGUCUCCCACACCAGCGGAUGAACAGACCUUCUUGCCACCGUCGUUGCCCCGUGCCCAAACUCAUCUUGAUGACGCCGUCGGUGCGAAUCAGCGUCGCAUCGAGAUGGCGCUCAAUGAUAUCGAGGACGUGUUGGACCUCGACAAAUUGACACUGUCCACCAAAGAGGACAAUAAGUUCCUGGCACGCGACGAGAAUAUCCCCAUCCGCCACGGAUUCUUGCAGAACCCCAUCGUCGACCCUGUUCUCGCCAAGCAGCAGCAGAGGACCAUUGCUCGCCCACGAUCGCCCCGCCGCACCAGUGACGAUCAAGUUGACAGCGGCCUUGGCUCCUCCAUCGCCUCUUCAGACGAAGAAGUCACAAAGAAGAACAAGAAGUCACUGUCUGCCGCAGCCAUCACUCGCUCCGCGGCAAGCCCCAACCUAGUCCCGGCUCCUACGUUCAGCAAAAAGGCGAUCAGCCGCAUUCACGAGCACAUUGUUCUCCCUCUCCUGGAACGCGAGUCCCUCAAGGACUUCCGCCCCAUUGUCAUUGACGUUCCCCGCCGCAUCUCAUCCAAGGAGAUCAUCUGCCUACGCGACCUCGAAAAGACGCUCUUAUACAGGGCACCGGUAAGUCAAUUAUCUGUUGAUUCAGGCGUUUGGGGAGUUGCUUAUCAGAAUUUGCUUGCAAAGGACAAGGCCAAGUCGGGCAUUCACUACCUCGACUUUUGUUUGAGCUCGGUCCGAUGCAUUCAGGCUACUGUCGAAUAUCUUACCGACCGCGAACAAGUGCGACCCGGCGAUCGACCUUUCACUAACGGCUACUUCCUCGACCUAAAGGACCAGAUUCUGCAAUACGGACGCGACCUCGCCGCCGCCAAGGGCGACAGCUCCAUGGACAUUGACCAGUAUGUACCUCGAUUUGUGCCGACUACCAAGCGCAAGGCUAACCCCAUCCUCAGAGGCGAGGAAAUCAAACUCUACGGUGGAAUUGCCGAGAAUGGCCGUCCUGCCGAGUUAGUCCGCGUCCGCCAUGACGGUACUGCCGUGUCCAUGGCCACUGGCAAGGAAAUCGAUAUUGGCGAGGGCCCCGUCCAGUUCAAGCGCUCUGCUAGCCAGCAGCGCGAGGAUGAGGAGGAGAUCAUGCGCUCCAUGGCCCGCCGCAAGAAGAAUGCUUCCCCGGAGGAGCUGGCCCCCAAGAGAUGCCGCGAGCCUGGCUGCACCAAGGAAUUCAAACGUCCCUGUGAUCUGACCAAGCACGAGAAGACUCACUCGCGUCCCUGGAAGUGCCCCUUUUCCACUUGCAAGUACCAUGAGUUUGGCUGGCCCACUGAGAAGGAGAUGGACCGCCACGUAAACGACAAGCACUCGGACAAGCCCGCCAUGUUCGAGUGCCAGUUCAAGCCAUGCGCUUACAAGUCAAAGCGCGAGUCGAACUGCAAGCAGCACAUGGAGAAGGCGCACGGCUGGACAUAUGUGCGCACCAAGACGAAUGGCACCAAGAAGGCUGGAGGAGGUAUACCGGCUCAAGCCAUGGUCCAGACGCCAAGCUCCAUGCAGCAGACGCCCCCGCUGGCCAAUGCGUCGACUCCUUCGGACGCAUACAGCGUGGCCACGCCUCCUCAGGAUCCCUUCGUAGGCCACCCUGGUCAGAACGACUUGACGUCGCUGCACCCUCAGUCCGAUGCGGACUGGAUGGCCUCCUAUGGGAUUCAAACUGAGGCCCUCGAUGGGAUGGAUCAUUUCGACCAGCAGCUCUCUCCGUCAUCGGCUGCUUCGUAUGAGCAGUUCCCCCCCUAUCAAAACGGGGCUCAGUUUCUCACAGAAGAGGAGAUCUACGCAGCCACGGCUCGCAUGCCGCACCAUCAGGUGCCCGUGGACGGAUCGCUGUUUUACGGCGGGAAACUGAUGCCGCAUGGAGGGUUCCAGGUCCACCAGCCCCAUAUAAUCCCGCAAAUGCCUAUGCCGUCUCAACACCACCACCAGCAAGUGCAGACUUAUAGCAACGGGCAGCCAUUCCACGCAAUGGCCCCAAGUGCGCCGGCACCACACUUUUCCCCCAAUGCGAAGCAGAACCCAAUGUUCUGCAGCCCGCCCAACCCUGUAGACGAUGGAUAUGAAGAGACAUUCCAUACUGUCGAUGGGGGUGAUUUUGAGCUUCUCCCAGUCCAUAUGGGAAAGUCGGGCAUGCAGCAGCCCCUGUUCCAGGAGGUGCCCAGCGCCGAUCUGGGGUUCUCGCAGGUUACUGAGCCCGAAAUAUUCCGCGACGUGGAUGUAUCUCAGAUGUCUCAGAUGGAUUUCCAGCACCACUUCCACGCUUGAGAAAGCAACUAUGGCUAUAUCGUCUGGAAGAUGGCGCGGAGCGGUGUAUCAUGCACAGCCAAAUGGGCUGAAUAACGAAUUACGAUGAACGUCUCACAGCACGUUGUGGGUUGAGGAUUUGGGGAACGAAAAAUCUACGACCUCGCAGCGGAACUUGCGCGGGUGGGGUUAAUGGACCCUAUCAUUUGAUUUGAAGGCAACG